AUUUACAGUAUCAACAAGACGCACUCAAGAUGGAAUUCAAACCAGAGAUUAGCUACGAUCCGGCGAGCAAAAUUUGGUCCAGCUUAGAUGAUCACGAUCACUUUGACCCCGAGCUGUCGAUAGGGGAGAUUAUCUACCAUGAGAUGCGGCGACAUCCCAAGCAAAUUGCCCAGAUUUCUGCUACUGAAAAUACGGUUCUGCUGCGUGAGGAGAUGCUGCAGAAUGCCAUGAGCAUUGCCAGCUAUAUGCGUAAUCUGGGCUUGGUGCAAACUGAUGUCGUAGGCAUCAUUGGAAGGAAUACAACGCAUAUGGCAGCUGUGGCUUAUGCCUGCUUCUUCAAUGGCAUUGCCUUCCAUUCGCUCAAUGUCAACUAUGAUGAGUCGAACAUAGAGAAGCUAUUCAACAUUACCAAACCUCAAGUGAUCUUCUGUGAUGGCGAUGAAUAUAAAACUGUUAAGGCGGCUACAAAAUCAUUGAAUCCAAAGAUUGUGACGAUGCGCAAACAUGCUGCAGAUAGCAUAUCCAUUGACCAGCUGCUCUUGACCAAGGUGGAACAGAACUUUAAGCCACUUCGCCUGGAGCAGGGCAACAAUCAAACGCUGGCCAUCAUCUGCUCAUCGGGCACCACGGGCACACCCAAAGCGGUGACCAUAGCAAACAGUCGCAAGAUUUUGAAUGGCAAUUUAAUGUUAACCACGGCGGAUGUGCAAUAUUCGCACAGUUCCCUCGACUGGAUUACCGGACUGAUUGCAGUUAUUACCACCGCUGUGUUUAGCACUAAACGCAUCAUAUCCGACAACGCUUUCGAUGCUGGACUCUUGUUGCAUCUGAUUGAGAAGCAUCAGAUCACCUGGCUGCUGUUGGCACCCUUCCACCUCGCCAUGGUUUAUCACUCACCGGAGUAUGAGCAAACCAACUUGGAUAGCGUGCGUUAUUGCAUGUUUACUGGAUGUCGUUGCUCGUUGGACUUACUCAAUCAGCUGCGAAAGCGUUUGCCCGGCAAUGUGUUGCACUUUGCCUACGGCAUGACUGAGGUUGGCAUUUGGGCCACCUUCAAUUGGAAUUUCGAUCAGAAACCCAAAUCGGUGGGUCGGUUAACUGCUGGCUUCAAGGCCAAGAUAGUCAAUGAAAGCAAAGAGCCCCUGGGACCCAAUGAGAUGGGCGAAGUGUGCCUCAAUAACGGUCAGUAUUGGGCUGGAUAUUUCGGCAACACGCAAGAGUCACGCAACAUACGCGACAGCAAUCGUUGGUUCUAUACGGGGGAUUUGGGGUACAUAGAUGAGGAUGGCUUCCUGUUCGUAAUGGAACGCAAAAAGGAUAUGCUCAAGUAUCAAAAUAUUAUGUACUAUCCCCACGAGGUGGAGGAAGUCAUUUGCCAAAUGCCACAAGUGGCAGAUGUUUGUGUAUUUGGUGUCUGGAACGAUACGACGGGAGAUGAGGCUGCCGCAGCUGUUGUCAGCAAACCGGGAGUUCAGCUUAGAGCGGAGGAUGUAAUCGACUAUGUGCACAACCAUGUGGGUGCUCCGUACAAGCAGUUGAUUGGUGGCGCCAUCAUUGUGGAUGAUCUCAAGCGCAGUCCCAAUGGCAAGACAAAUCGCUUGGCCAACAAGGAGCACUUCAUGCAAGUCAAGGGACGCAACUAAGAGCAGCUAAGAGCUAUAUAAUGAGACUAUUAGAAAAUAUAUUGCUAAACGUAAUGCUAACAUAUUUUAAUAUGAAUAAAUAUGGUAUUAGGAAA